CACCUGCAUCCCAAUGGCCCUUGCAGAAUGGCGUCCUGGGUGACUCGACCUAACUCGAUUCCGCAUUUCUCUGCGCCCUCAUCGCCCACUCCGUCCGAGUCCAUCCAGCCGCGAAGGCCGAUUCUCGCGCGCGAGGGCGAGCUUUUGUCGACGCGCGGGCAGUCCCUGGCGACACUGAUCCGUCGACGGUCCUUGUCUGUUCAGAGUCAGGAUGGACUGGAGAGUGGCUUUCAGCAGGAUGAGCUUGGUACGCCGUGGGAGCGGAUGGAUAAGGUUCCCCUGGAAAGAGCAAGACGGUUGAUUGGAAACAUUAAACCGAUACACAAUUGGCAAUGGUACUAUCGAGAUCCGGAGACGCUCAAAAACCUGCCCAAAAACCUGCGAGAAUACUACGAGCGCAACAAUCAACUCAUCGCGCAAUAUGUCUAUAUCGAUCGCCUAUUCGACUCGGCCCUGCCACACAGGCUGAUUGAAGACUACCAACGCGGUCAACGCAAAAACUCCGCUGGAGACACGGGUGAAGGUCACGUAAACGACGCGAGAUACACCACAGGGGAUAAUAACGGCGGAGCGAAAGCAUCCGGCAAGAUCAAGCGAACGCCUCGAAACCUCUAUCGAAUCCCCGAUGAAAGCUCACCUCUCUUGCCUUGCUCAGCAGACGACAAUUCCCGACCAUCGCCUGCCGUCCUGCCGAAGCAAGACGACCUGGUGGACGGCGAAGAUCGCAUCGUCACAGUCGCCAUAUACAUCAAUUUCAUCGCGAACGUGGUAUUACUCGCAGCCAAGAUCGUCGUCAUGUCCAUGACGAAUUCGCUGUCGGUGCUUGCCAGCUUGGUAGACGGGGUGCUGGAUUUCCUCAGCACGGGCAUCGUCUGGGCCACGACGACGCUCAUCAAGAACGACGACCGUUCCCGAUUCCCCAUAAGCAGACGCCGCCUCGAACCAUUGAGUAUUCUCGUCUUCGCAGUCAUCAUGAUGACCUCCUUUGUCCAAGUUGCCUUGACCUCGCUGAGCCGGCUCAUCUCAACCGAACACACCCUCGUCGAGCUCUCGGUGCCCUCGAUCGCAGUAAUGGCCAGCACGGUCUUCAUAAAACUAGCCUGCUGGUUCUGGUGCCGGCUCAUCAAGAACUCCAGCGUGCAGGCCCUGGCACAAGACGCCAUGACCGAUGUCGUGUUCAACCUCUUCAGUAUCCUGUUCCCUCUACUCGGCUCCCUCACCAAAACCUGGUUCGUCGAUCCCCUAGGCGGUCUUCUUCUCUCCCUCUACAUCAUCUGGAACUGGGGCGGAACGGCCGCCGAACACAUCGGCCACUUAACGGGCACCGCGGCGUCCGGCACAGACCAUAGCAUUCUGCUGUACAUGACGAUGCGGUUCUCCAAGGCGAUUCUCAACAUUCAGGACCUGAAGGCUUACUAUGCAGGGGACCGGUUGAACGUCGAAGUGGACAUUAUCUUCGAGGCGAAGACCAGUCUCCGUGAUAGCCAUGAUAUAGGCGAAAGUUUGCAGUAUAUGAUUGAGAGUGUGCCGACUGUGGAUCGGGCGUUUGUGCAUUCGGAUUAUGAUCCGUGGAAUAUCCCGAGUCAUAUGAAUCAGAGAGAGUCGUAGUUUUGGUUAUGUUUGGGCUGGGGAACGUGCUCUUCGGACUAUCUUAUCAUUAAUUCAUAAUCGAAUAUGGAAGAUGUGUUGUCGCUCGGCAACAACAAAAGACUGGACUUAAAU